GUCACGUUAUCAGAAACGCGAAUACUCUGGGUACCAAGCGACUUGGCUUUCAUACAAAAAUAUACACCUUCACAAUUAGUCAGUCGAUCCAGAGGUACCAGAUCGGGUGCGUCGUACGGUCGCUUCAAUACACGCCAGCAGUGCGCGGCUUUGGCGGCAAAUUUUCCUGCGUUUUCGAUACAUUUUUAUUCAAACAUGACGGUCUUUCAACCUUUAGUAAACGGGGAAAGUCCCAUCGAGGAACCAUAAGGAAUGUGGUUGAUUUGCAAGUUUAGUGUGUUGAUUAAUUAACUAACUGAUCUACAUAUAGUUAGUGGUGGAGAAUGUGAAGUGAUUUUUUUGAGGUUUUGCUGCUGAAAAUGAGAGAAACUUGGGAUAAGAAGGACGAGCCGCGAUUGAGCGACGGCCAACCGGUGGCAAAAAAAUGGAACAUCACCGAUCCGGUCUACAAGCCCAAAGGGCUCACUCAUUCGCCCUCUCUACGUGCCAUAAGAAAUUACAACGACCUCCCGAUUGAUCGAAACAGCGGCCUGGAUAAUGCUGGAUACGACGCUGACUAUCAAUACGAGUACUACAUGAAUCCGAACUAUAAUCUACCAAACGGUACCGAAACGCCGAAAAGCGCCGAAUACGAUUACCCAACGAUGAGCACCAGAUCGAUUCGAACCUCCUGCUCAGGAGGCUCAGAAAUCUACUCAAAUGGGGACCAGAACGAAAUGGGUUCCUCAGUGAAAUUGGUCACUGCCAAAGUGGAAAUGUCCUGCCUCUCAUGGUGCAGCCACUUUUCCACCAUCAUCUGCACGGUUUCCAUUGCGGGCGGCCUGGGAACGCUGUACCGGCUCCCUCAAAGUACCAUGAUCCGCGGGGGGUUGCCAUUUCUCGUGGCCUACGCCCUCCUCACGAUCCUCAUUGGCCUGCCAUUGCUCUUCUUAGAGUUGGGCGUUGGGCAGAUGGCCCAGGAGGGUUUUAUUAAGAGCUGGAGGGCCGUGCCGUUCUUCAAAGGAAUUGGCUACGUGAAGCUACUGGCAGGGUGUCUGCUCAGCCUGUACUACCCUUUGUAUAUGGGGUUGGCGCUGAUGUACCUCAUCUGGGUCCUCAACGGGCCUGUUCCCUUCACUGAAUGCGUCAGCGGCGUGAGAAUCACGGCAACGGGCUACAGCGCCACUAACAAGCCUAGGCAGGAGUGCAUUAGGAACACCUUCAUCCAGUCCCCUUUCCAAGACCCCCACUACUUCGGGAUAUAUGCGGCACUGCUGCUGUUCAUCUGGCUAGUGGUGAUUGUCCUGUCCAUCCGAAGGACCAAGAGCUACAUCCGCUCGCUGUCGCUUCUGUUUCUACCCACGAUGGCCUGCUACAUUGCCUUGGCCACCAAGUCCAUCCUGCUGGAGGCUGAAAUGGCGGUGCUGCACAAGCUGGUGGAGAAUGUCGACUGGACUGUACUGAAGUCCGCUGAUGUUUGGUACUAUGCGACAAUCCAGGUGUUCUUCUCGACCAGCGUCGGCUUUGGUUCCUUCAUCACCAAUGCGGGAAUAAUGUACAACAAGGUGAAUCCUUUGUGGACGGCCCUCGGUUAUGUGGUGACCAACCUGAUCUUCGGGACCGGCUCUGUCAUCAUCACCACCAUCCUCACUCAAGGCCUCAACACUACCACCAACUCAUCCACUUCCAGUAUCGAUGAAGUCCAACUCUUCACCAAGAUUUACGACGCCAUGCUCCGUCAGAACAGCGCCGAUUUCAAUUACUGGAUGAUCGCCACUUACCUCCUCUUUGUGUUCGCUGGGUUUACAAGCAUGGCAACCCUUUCCUAUACGCUGCUGAAAGCCAUCUACGGGCACGAUGGCAUCAGGCUCAAAUGGUGGCAGACCAGCGUCGUCUUCAGCUUCUGCGGCUUUGUACUCAGCUGCUUGCUGCUGCUGAGGCAGGACUUCGACUUGGUUCAUCUGCUGGACCACUACAUAGUGGGCAACUUGAUUUUGAUCAGUGUGGUUAUAGAGGUUUUGGCCAUCAUCGCCUUCUACGGAACCACGCGAAUUCAAUCGGACUUCGAGUUCAUGCUGGGCCACAUCCUGUCCAAAAUCUGGCUUAUUCUCUGGUGGUUCAUCCCCUUUCUCCUAAUCGGCGUGUUUGUCUGGGGACUCGCCACCAUGCCCCUUGAAGGGAGCGCAAACGACCCCGUUUGGCUCUACGCCGUAGGAGGCGGAGUCGUUCUCACAGCCUUUGUUUUCAUCUUCGUCAUGGGGCUCUUUGUGAUGAGGAACCAGGACGGAUACACCAGCAGCGAUAGGCUGAAGACUUCGCUAGAACCUUCACAUAACUGGGGGCCAAAGGACCCGAUGCUGCGCUACAACUGGGUGCAGUGGAACAGCAAAUCCCGAAGCGGGGAGCGCGACUUUACUUUGAAAAGGCGGGGCACUAAAGAGUACACGAAAACCAUCAGGAAAAAAGCCAAACGAGAGGCUGGCGAGUUGAGCGUUCUGGGGCUCCAGGGGGCUUAUAUAAAGAACAACAACAACGGAACUGGGUCUGGAUGGGGUGAUGUCAAUCACCCCAUCCAGACCGUUGCGUCUUCCGAGCAAGAUGCUUCGAUGUUGGAUUCUUUGGAGGUGGAUGUUCCCCCCAAGCACCACCACCACCACCAUCACCACCCAAACCAAAGAAACACGUUCUCGGGGGCGGACGCCCCAAAAGGAGAAACGCCCUUUAGGAGCAGCUUUCCAGUCUACGCCAGCCCGAAAUCGGGGGAGAUUGCAAACGACGAGAACUCCGAGGGAUAUGGAACGUUCCGGAAUAAGGGCCCCUAUAUCAUAGACGGCGAUAUAGGGCAUGUUUGCCACAGGCGUUACGACAAUGAGCAUGAAGCAGUUACGGAACUGUGAUGUGUGAACACUUUAGUGCAAUUUUUAUGUGCCAAAAUAUAGAACUUUGUUGGAAAUGCUCAGAUUGGUUUCGAUCUUUAAACGACGAUACUUGUCUAUUCUUGACUCAAACACCCUGUUGGUGUAAACGCGCUGGCCAGUCAAGAUAAUUUGCCUCGUUUGUAAAAACUGUGUAUAUUUGAGAUUAAUAAAGAUAAACGUCCAGACAAAA